UCGAAUGGACUUUGGAAGCAAACUCUGCCCAGAGCAGAGCAGCACCAUGCUUUUGAUGUCUUUACUGAAUGCUUUGGAUGUCAAGAGUUGUUUGGGACUUCUUCUUAUAGCGUUACUAAUUUUUGAUUUUUGGAAAAGUAAAAAUGCGCCGAACUUUCCACCAGGACCAUGGAGUUUUCCGUUUCUUGGCAACGUUUUCGUCGGUUUCGACUGUCGUGUGAUGGAUGAGGUGGCUGCAAAAUUUGGCAACGUUUUCAGCCUCAGAGUGGGUUACGACAAGAUUGUGCUAGUGUCUGGAUAUAAAUGGGUAAAGGAGGUUUUGGUGACACAAGGAGACUACUUUCUGGACCGGAUCAUAUCUCCUCCUUUUAAAGAAGUAGUUCAAGGAAAUGGCAUUUCACUGAGCAGUGGAUACAAGUGGAGGAAGCAGCGCAAUUUUACUGCCUUUCACCUGAAGGCCUUUGCAGAGGGCAAAAAUGCUUUGGAGCAUCACAUUCAACAAGAAUGCAUCAAUCUGUGUCAGAGCUUUGAGGAAGAGCAAGGAAGCCCCUUCAACCCUCUUGACAUCCUAAACAAUGCAACCGUUAAUGUAAUUGGAUGUUUUGUGUUUGGGAAGCGUUUUGAUGACAACUUCACUGACUUCCAGAACCUUCUUCUGCAUUCAGAUUCCAUGUUCAUAGAAAAUAUUCCACAAAUUCAGUUUUACAAUGCAUUUCCUGGGAUUGUCAAACGUUUCUAUGGACCACAUAAGACAGCUUUAUUAAACUAUGCAAAGCUAUCAGCCUUCAUUAAGAAACAAAUUGAGAAACAUAAGAAGGAUUGGGAUCCAUUUGAUCAUCGUGAUUUCAUCGAUGCCUACAUUGGAGAGAUAGAUAAGAGACGGAAGGAUACAGAGGCUGCUUUCACUGGGGAUAACCUUGUCUGUAUCACUGUGGAGCUGCUUAAGACUGGGACGCAAGCCAUCACUGACACCCUACGAUGGGCUUUACUUCUGAUGAUCAAGUACCCCAAAGUCCAAAAGAAAGUUCAAGAUGAGAUCGACUGUGUAAUUGGGAAGUGGCGGCAGCCGUGUUUGGUAGACCGAGCCAGUAUGCCUUACACAGACGCAGCUCUUCAUGAAACUCAGAGAGUGAGCAACAUCUUACCUCUGACAGCGCCCCGUCUGACAAGUCGAGACUCAAUACUGGCCGGAUACUUCAUUCCUAAAGGCACACUGGUCAUCUGUAAUCUCUCAUCUGUGCUAAAGGAUCCAUCACAAUGGGAAAAAACAGAUCAGUUUUAUCCUGAACACUUCCUAGAUGACCAAAGGAAUUUUAGGAAACGGGAAGCAUUUUAUCCAUUUUCGGCAGGGAAAAGGUCAUGUCUGGGUGAGCAGCUGGCACGAAAUGCACUCUUCCUGUUCUUCACUUCCCUCCUCCAGAGGUUCUCAUUCUCAGCCCCUGAAGGACUAGGACCUCGCUUUAAGGACCAGGAACAGGUCAAGACGUCCAAAGAACCCUCCCAGAUCUUUGUGUCAUUACGUUGAUAGAAACCAUAGGACUCACAUCUUAACUGAUACAGAGUUCUAUUAAUAGAUUGAUUAUGCUAAUCUAUUAAUGAUGUUAAUACAUGCAGUAAAAUGCAGU